AUGAGAAUCAAUAUGCCCGGCUCAAUAGCUGGUUUCACAUACUGCGUUGUUCCGAGCCUAAUAGCCCUACGUCUAGAUGUUUGCCGAGGUAGCACUUCGCUACCUUCCGAUCUCGAUCUUGUAUCGACGUUAUCGCUCGUCGCAAAUGACUUCUCCAUCAAUGACAUAGGGAUCUCACAGAGAGUCUCCUCAAUAUUGUCCAAUGUCGCACAAAUCAAGAACCGUAAAGAUUCAAGGACCCAUUCUGUGCAGUCUGUCUGGACCAGACUUGGUUCAAUCUUCACGAAUAACGCCACCGAUAUCUUAGAAUUUGCAAACGAUAUCACCGCAUCCGGCCUGAUACCUUCCAGAGUACUGGCAUGGCUGAAUGACUACGCCACUAUUGACCUCGAUGCAAUUCACCGGAACAAUCCAUCCCCAGAAAACUUGAGUAUAUACCCAUACAAAGCAAAAAGUGAUGCGCCGUACUCCGUUGCGGAAAAUACUCUCCGGGCAGCCAUUCACAUUCCCAAGUCAUUCUCACUCAAACAGGACAAGAAAUUACCGGUGCUUCUGGUACCAGGAACCGCUGUUCCUGCAGCCAUAAACUUCUAUUUCAACUUUGGCAAGUUGAGUAAAGCCUUACCCGAAAGCGAUCUAGUUUGGGUCGAUCUUCCUCAGGCCUCGUUAGGCGACAUUCAAUUAAAUGCCGAAUAUGUCGCCUAUGCGCUCAACUAUGUUUCCGCUUUGACAUCAUCCAAUAUUGCCGUGAUUUCUUGGUCCCAAGGUGCACUGGAUAUUCAGUGGGCACUGAAGUACUGGCCCUCCACCCGAAACGUAGUAAAUGACUUCAUCGCUAUCAGCCCCGACUUCCAUGGAACAAUAGUCAGGUGGAUGGCAUGCCCCCUAUUGAGCCAGCUAGCAUGUACUCCUUCGAUUUGGCAGCAAGGGUGGGAUGCAAACUUUAUACAGGUCUUGCGAAGCAACCGGGGAGACUCUGCGUAUGUUCCCACGACCACCAUUUACUCUUCCUUCGACACGGUAGUGAUGCCCAUGAGUGGGGAGAAUGCGUCUGCUCGGCUACUGGACCACAGCGGAGUGGGCGUAUCCAACAAUCAUUUACAGACCAUCUGCGCAAAUAAGGCCGCUGGUGGCCUCUAUACGCAUGAAGGCGUGUUGUACAAUCCUCUUGCGUGGGCACUCACCGUUGAUGCACUCCGUCACGAUGGGCCUGGCAAUAUUACGCGAAUCGACAUCCAAAAGAUCUGUGAACAAUUGCUUCCACCGUUUCUCGACCUCAGUGAUAUGCUGGGAACGGAAGCACUCGUUCUUGUAGCCCUAGCAAAGAUUCUUACGUAUUCCCCGAAAGGCUUCGGUGAACCUGACAUUGCCGAGUAUGCAUACUUAUCAGGCGAUCAAAAUCAGGAUAACCAAGGAUAA